AUGCGCUGGCUACAGUGUGCUGUGCAGCUCGGCCUGCUGGCUGCCGCUGCUCCCUCGGUUUACGCGGCUUCUUGGGGCUUUACUGAUGCCACCGUGUCAGUUAACUCCAAGUCAGCCACUGGCAACGUCAAGGAGAGCCUCAAGGAAAACACCCCGUUGUCAAAACCCAUCGCGCUCAGCGGCCCUGAUUCCCUCAAGCUCCUUCUGACCGCACAGGAAGGACGCAGCGCAAAACGCCCACACCAAGCGUUCCUCCUGCUAAAGGAUACCGCCAAUGGCCUUGACGUUUCAUACCCACUGACUGUCAAGGACAGCGGUAAAUCCAAGGUCGAAUUGACCCAAAAAGACCUUCCAGUGCAAUUCCUCUCCUCCCCUCAUCCCGUGGAUGCUGAGAUUGUAAUUGGGUCGUUCGGCGCCUCCGACCCAUACCGGAAGCUCGCCUUUCAAUUGUCUCUGGGUAACGAGGGCCAGCCUGCCGCCAAAUCUGACGAGGUGGAGAGAUACAGAAAGCUCCCGGAGAUACAUCACAUCUUUAAAGACGACCCUAAGAGCCCAAAUAUUAUUAUAACUCUGGUUUUUCUGCUGGCCACUCUGCUAGCAGUUCCGGUCCUAGCUGCAACGUGGUUUUUCCUUGAUGCAAACCUGAACCAUCUCCCUACGGCACUCCGAGCUGCCCCAGUUCCUCACAUGGUGUUCGUGGGAUCGGUCGUUGGUCUCGAAGGAAUCUUUUUCUUGUACUAUACCGCUUGGAACCUGUUCCAAACGCUCCCUGCUGCUCUUAUUGUCGGAGCAAUUGCCUAUGUCAGUGGCAGCCGCGCCUUGGGCGAAGUUCAGGCGAGACGACUAGCUGGCCAGCGAUAA